CAACAUGUUUAUUAAAUUUCCAGCUUGUGUGAACUUUAACAAUCGGACAAUUAUACUCUGAAAUCUAUAAACUAAAAAUUGAUGGUGCGAAACUUCUUAUGACAAAAAUAAUAAACGGCGAAAUAAAACCUAAGUUUUCCUUAUUCAUUUAUUAAAAAUGAAUGUUUUAUGUUGAACUUCCAGUGCUUCUUUUCUCUAUACCCUUUGUUUUGGUGAAUAUUGGAUUACUCUUAAGUGCUAAUGUAGAAAAGAGCGUCGCAAAAAAGUUACAAAAACAAGUUGCCAUAAACCUAAACAGAGUCCAGUAUAUUGAUUUUUGUGUACAAGCGGAUGCAAAAUUGUUUUAAUCAAAUAUAUUUAUAAAUGUAUAACUUAAAAAAAUAAUUUUACUAGAAAUGUGAUCAGUUUUGCAAAAGGAGGUAACAGACAAUUAUAUUAUGGAAUGGAAAAAAAUAAGUUGCGACAAUGUAUUGGAACAGACGUAAAAAAUGGUAAUGCGCCCCAAGCAUAUGACACAGCCAUUAAAAGUAACUUUUUGCCGGAAUUGUUUCCAGGUCAUCUACGAUUGCAGCAAAGUGAAUUGAAUAAACAAAGCUCUAAAAUAACAGAUUCAAUAACAAGUAUUGUAAAUGAGGACAUUAAUAGUUCAAAAAUACUGAAUGAAAAUAUUUCCAAAGAUACAAACUUUGAAUGUGAGGAGGAGUGGGAUAUUAGCGGAAUACCGGAGAUAUUAAAUGAGUUGGAUGCAGAUAUAGAAAAAUCGUUAAAGGCUAAUAUUUAUCAAAAGUUUGGCUGUGAAAAGACUGACAGCAAAUGUAAGGCAUCACGAAAACGUCGCAUUAUAAACCAAGAUGGAACUUUCCAUGAAAAUGGAAAUGACAUUGUAUGUCUUACUAAAGUAGCAAACCCUACAUCAAAACUCACGGAAGUUUCAAUAUCAGCAUUAUCCGAAACGCCUUUUGGAAUCACAAAUCGCUCAAUACCUGUUGAAUUAAGUUUCCAGUUAAAUAAAGUGAGUGUUUCACACACUAUGUCAUCGCAAGGUGGAAACAGUAGCAGCACUAGUGCCAUAACUGUCUCCGGAGGAAUUAGUAAUGCUAAUAACAAUCAGAGUGCAGCACAAACACUUAAUAGCAAUAAGUUAAACUCAAAGAUGUCUAUUGAUCACCAAGCUACACUCGACAAAGGGUUAAAAAUGAAAAUUAAACGUACCAAGCCUGGUACAAAAAGUUCAGAAGCAAAGCAUGAAAUUGUGAAAGCUACAGAACAGUUACAAAAUGGAGUUGUAAGCGGUGUUGUUGGAACAUGCAGCAACAAUGCAAGUGAAAGUUCAACUACAACGCCGGGUUCAAAUCCAAUUUCCUUGGCAUGUCAAAACAAUUUUGGAACCUCAGCAACUCAAAGCAAUCCGCUUCCUGGAGGAAGCAAAAAGAAUGCAUGUAAUAGUGGUAAUAAUACGUUCCCUUCUGGUAAUGGCAAUGGUGGAAAUAUUGUUACGAGUGCACCAUUAGCGGCGAAUAUUACGAAUUCAUCAACCGUGACGAGUAGUAAACGUUCUAGUUCAGGUCAUCGUCGUGAUAAGAUAAAAGAAAAGUCUUCGCAUUCCAUUCGUAAUGUAAACGAUAAGAAUAUCGGUCAAAAUAAUGAAAAAGAUUUAAAUGAUAAGAACAUUUGCAAUUGUAAUAUUAGUGAUUCUACAACUUCGUGCAACAGUAGUACGUGCACACGCCGAAAUGAAGGUAACGUGCAACGUCUACCACACUCGAACGUAAAUAGUACGGUCGUCCCACCAGGAGUCUUCAUUCCGUCUUCAGAAACGUCCAGUUCUGCAGCGACACUUUUGUCGGUUCCUACCACAGAGGGUAGUUCCCCAGUAAUUUCACAUUCCUCGACGAUAAGUGGCACAGCAAACACGCCAGGCCCACCAAACAGGGAUUGUAGCGGGAGUAACAUCAAAAUAUCGUCUCACAUUGCGGCGCAAUUGGCUGCGGUAGCAGCUUCAAAUAAUGCUGACAUAAAACUGCCAAUUACAAGCACACCAUCUUCACAAACAAAACAAACUUCACACUCCAUUUCUGUUGCAGCACACAUAAACAAAUCUAAUGUUUCUACCACGCCAAUAGGCGCAAAUUUGAGCCCAAACUCCUUGGCGGACGAUAAUUUAAAAUCUCCUCCCACAAAACGAGCAAAGCAUAAUGAUUACAAGGUUCCAGAAAUGAACACUGUUAAUAAAGAAACUGUGGAUAUUUGUGUUGGAACAUCUGUGGGUACUAUAACAGAACCAGAUUGCUUGGGGCCUUGUGAGCCUGGAACUUCUGUUACACUUGAAGGCAUCGUUUGGCAUGAGACUGAAGGUGGCGUUCUAGUUGUUAAUGUUACAUGGAGGGGUAAAACGUAUGUGGGUACAUUAUUAGAUUGCACUCGCCAUGACUGGGCACCUCCAAGAUUUUGUGACUCGCCAUCAGAUGAAUUGGAUUCCCGGACUCCUAAGGGCAGAGCAAAGCGUGGACGUGCUAUAACAGCUCCCGAUUUGAGUAAUUUUACGGAGACAAGGAGUUCGAUAUAUUUUUCACAUCCACAUGUUCAUUCCAAAUUACGCAAUGGUACUGCAAAAGGAGGGCGUGGUACUUCCAGAUCCUCAAAUGUUACAGAGAAAAAUAAUGGCAGCUCUUCUGUUUCAUCGGGAAACGGAGGGUCCACACCUAGCACUUCACCUACAUCAUUUUUACCACCCCGUGCAGAAAAGCGCAAAUCAAAAGACGAACCUUCUUCCCCCACAAACGUUGAUAAUGACUUUUCAAAUUGUACCAUGAUCAAUGCAAGCGGAAUAGCGAUUUCUACAAGCGGGGGAGCUAAUCUUAACCAGCCACAAAGCUUAAUAAAUCCUGUGACAGGCCUUAACGUUCAAAUAAGUACGAAAAGAUGUAAACCUGCUGUGCCAUGUGCUAUAUCUCCAGUUUUGCUGGAAUGUCCAGAACAAGACUGUAGUAAAAAAUAUAAGCAUGCCAAUGGCCUACGUUACCAUCAGUCCCACGCCCACGGAAAUGUUUCAAUAGUAGAUGAUGACUCUAUUGCAGAUAUUGACGAACCAAUAAUUACACCUUCAAACAGUCCCGUGUUAAUAACCAUUCCAGUUGAAUCCGAAGUGAUUGAAAAUGUAGGUUCAAUAAUAAUCGACCGACCAUCUGCCUUAAAAGUGACAGAUUCAAUAAAAUUGGAGGAUACUGAAACAUCACCAACUCUCAUAUCAACUAAUACUACAGAGCCAGAGAAAACUCUUUUAAAGUCAACAUCAUGUGGUGAAAUAUGUAAAAUCGCAACUGAGAAAGUUCUUGCUUCCUCCCAAAUUUCGUCGGACACUUCUAAUAUGUGUCAGGCAGUGGAAGAUUUAGAUAAGAAGGGAAGUGGUUGUACUCCAUCGACUUCUGUAGAAGAAAGUGACCACCUUAAUAAUGCUCUGAAAUGUGGUGUACUCCGUUUUGGUCAAGCCGAUUCAAAAGAAAACGAUAUUUCCUUGUUAAAUCUGCAACUUGAGGACACGUCAAACAAAAAUAAUCAAGAAAUCGCCUGUCACUCUAUUGCGUCGGAUUCUGAAGGAACAAGUUCCCAAUCUAUGGGGGGCCAAAUGAACAAAGAAAUUACCCAAUCACCAAAACAGCAAACAAUAAACAAUGACACAUUAAAAAUAGAUACAGGACCUCACCAAGAAACAAAUCAAAUAUCUGGUAAGUCUGCACCUUCAACUCCUACCACUGGGAGGCAAAAAAAGGCUAGAAAGUCUCCUUGUCUUUCCGAUCAUAAUAUAGACGAAUAUAAUACUUCCAAUAUUACAUCACGCGAUGAAGUUCAAAGCCCAGCAUACAGUGACAUAUCUGAUGAUUCAACACCCGUUAACGAUCAACAACUUGAAAAGGUUCACCAAGCGAAGAAUGCCGACAUUGCUAAAAAAUCUCCCGAUGUGGUAGCCGGUUGUUCCACUUCCCAAACUACAAUAGCAUCUCCACUUGGUGGUUAUGGAAUGUAUCAAUUUUAUCAGCAACAACAAUUUCUUGCUCAGCAAUCCGCAGAACAACAAUCAAAUAAAAAUAAUUCGAGUAACAAUAUUGUUCAGCCAUCUUUGCCAGCUACUUGCACUUCACAGCAGACAACAAACAAUGCUGAAGGAGGUCGAAAGGAUCCGCCACUAGAUCUCAUGACAAAAUCUACAACGAGCCCAUCGCCUCAAGAUUCAAAUAAAGAUGGAAACCAACCUCAGACAAAUAUUAAUUCACCUCAAACUGCAAAUAACUUGUCAUUAGGUGCCGGUGCAUUAAAUUCUUCCAUAGCUUCUAAAUCCCAUUUUUAUGCAUUUAACUACAUGUCACCAAGCUAUCAGUUUAAUGUCGACCAAAACUAUGUCCCAGUUUCAAUUGUUGCGGAAGACGGAAAAAGUGGUAGACACGGGAGCAUUGUGGGUCCUUCCGAGCAGCUGCAACCGCCAAUUCAAUUCAAAGAUGAUAGGGAAAAGGAAGGAAAUAGCCCAAAUGAUAAUAUAAAAGUUUUACACCAACAACAGAUUACUCCGAGCAAGAUUGUGAAAUCUGAACCCACCGCAAGGGCCGAAAAUUUGGAAACAAAAGGUGUCAGUGCUCUUUCUUCACAAGUUUCACAUGUUCCAUUAAAUAACAAAGAUUUACCUGCAAUGGGAUCGUAUUCAAAUUUAUACCAAAGACAUCCUAUGGCACUAGCAUCACAGCAAUUGUCACGCGAAGAGGAGUUGCGCAGAUAUUAUAUAUUUUCCGACCAACAACGUCGGCAAAGCAGCACAGUGCCAACUAUUAACUUGAUCAACCAACAAACCCCAGGAUGUGCAAAUCAAAAUAACCAACAACAAUGUAAAGAGGACCAAACCCCUAUGCAAGCAAAUAUUCAGGGACAACAGCAAGUCAAAAUCAAAUCGAAUGCAUCUUUGAGUAUGAUUAAUAAUACGAGUAAACUUUCGACUGGUACAAAAGACAACCCCAAACAGAAGGAGGAUGAGUUGAAAGCAAUUAAGCAAGAAGGUCAAAAACCAACAAUGGAAACACAGGGUCCUCCCCCACCGCCAACAUCGCAAUACUUUUUACACCCUUCAUAUAUGGCACCAACUCCAUUUGGAUUUGACCCAAACCAUCCCAUGUAUCGAAACGUUUUAAUGCCGCCGACGCCACCGUAUAAUACAGCACCGUACCAUCUUACCAUGCCUCGAUAUCACGCUCCUGAAGAUCUGUCCAGAAAUACAGGAACAAAAGCGCUGGAUGUUCUUCAUCAUGCUGCGAGCCAGUACUAUACUACCCAUAAAAUACACGAACUAAGUGAAAGAGCACUGAAAUCUCCUAAUAGCUCAAGUAGCAAUGGAUCAACAAAUGUUAAGGCCAGUAUUUCUAGUCCAACAAUAGGUACUAAUCAACAUUCAAAUAUAACUGCUAAUUCUGUUGGACAUCAUUCAACUUCCUCUCAGUCAAGCUCUACUCAAUUAACUCAUAAUUUGUCAUCACAAACAAUUUCAACAACUUCUAAUAAACAAGAGAUAAUGGGACAAAAAUCACAUACUGGUUCAUCCGGAGUUGUUAGUGUAUCACACGAGCCACCAAAGCAGCAGACAAGCACAAACUCUUCAGUUGUAUCAAACAGCAGUGCUAUUAAUACUAGCGGAGGUGGUGCAGAUUCUCGAAGCCCACCUCCACAGAGGCAUGUGCACACCCAUCACCAUACCCAUGUAGGACUUGGUUAUCCAAUGUAUCCCGCACCUUACGGAGCUGCUGUACUUGCCAGUCAACAGGCCGCUGCUGUAGCUGUGAUAAAUCCUUUUCCACCAGGACCAACCAAGUAGAGCAGAUAAUUUUUUUAAAUUAAAAUGAAAUAAAAAUUAGUAUUAAAACCAUAAACCGGAUACUUUUAGGACGCGCAUAUAAGGCUAAAGCAAAUAUCGAACGAUAAUGCUUACAACUAUUACAUAAAAACAAUGAAUAUCUUUGAAUGAACUUCAGCAUAACCUCUAUCAUUGAAAUAAAAAUAUUAUUCUUCAUUACGUUAAAAUAAAUUCAUGCUUAUCUACUUUUAAAAGAAGUAUUGUUAAUAAUUUAAUUUUUAUUAAUGCUAAUUUUGUACUAAUAUAUUUUCUUAUGUGUAUAUACGUUUGUAAGUUACUAUGUUUUCUAUCGUUCAUUUUUAGUUUUCAUAUUCGAUUCAACAUGCAAUUUUAUCCAUUACAUUUGUAAUUGAUUUUCAUUUAAUAUUAUAGCGAAUAUAUUAAAUUAGAUUUCGAAUAUAACUGUA